AUGGACGUGGAAAACCCGAGAAUCAUGGUAGGCGAACAAGGAAAGGCGCUGUUUUACCUAACCAACCACGCAGACAACAUAUGCAGCGUGAAAUUUUGCGGCGAAGAUGUGUUAAUCUCUACCUGCGAUUGUGGAAUGGUCACGUUAUGGGAUUUAAAUAAUUUAACAAGCACAGGGAAUUACAAGGUAUCAAAUUAUAGUGCACUAUAUGCGUCUCUUUUUGAUAAGGACCAUUUUUUUGUAAAAACAAAAGAAGGGUCGGUAAAAUUAUGGGACAUAGAGCAUAACCAUUGUGCUGUAAAAUUAGACGCCAACAAUUAUACAUACGCCAAGCCGUACUGUGUGAAUGGAAAAAUAGUCACUCCUGUAAAUCACCAUGGGGACAUUGCCAUCUAUGACCUGAGGAUGCAGACAGAUUUGCCGCGUAACAAUACUGUAUGCAGUGUGUCGAACGAAGGAAGUAGUAACACGCUGGUCAUACGCUUUAACAAAAUAAAGAAAAGUGUUGCAAAUAUCAAAGUGUUAUCUUCCACUACGAAGCAGAAAGAAGAGAAAUCUAUUUUGAAUAGCGAAUUGAAAUUCUGUAGUGACAUUUUGGAUAUUUCCCCAGUUCCAUUUUGGGGAGACUCGUUUAUCCUGGCAUGUUACGAACCUUCGCUUUUUUUAAUCUACGAUUUUAGGAUGACGAAUCAGUUCGUUUCCAGUUUUAUAAUAGACGUGAAGGAGAAUGUCCUAAGUUAUUACUUAAAUAGAGACAAAUGCGUAGUUAGUACUAGUAACAAUUCUGUGUACUCCCUUACAUUUGGGAAAAAUGAACAGGUCGUCUGUUUGAUCAAAAAGGCACACUGCCCAAAAUAUAAUAUGACUAAUUUAACGAUAAGAUCGGAUAGUAAACUCUUCAUUUCAAUUACGGACAAGUGUUCUGUUAACUUGUGUGAUUUACACCAAAUGGAAGUGAUAGAGUGCAUUAAGACUUAUAAGUUUAAUUGCUUCAAUUUCGUGGACUUCCACCCUUUUUCCGGCCUCUUCGCAGUGGCAGAACGGAAUAAGAUUUCCAUGUGGGCAAACCAAGCCUCCAGUUUUGAGCCACCCUCCUCGAGUGGCAAUCAGUCAGAAGUGGUACCACUUGGAUGA